GAUCACCUGUCAGAGGAGGAACAUGCGCGUUGGUGGUUGAGCGCUGGGAGAGGUUUUGGACUUGGGGCUCUGUAACCUCCAUCCACGGCAGCAGGGAUGUGAGCGACGAACGGCGGAGGUUGCCGGAUCAGGGCUGACUAAACAUGGACGGAUAAUUCGAGAUGCGAAGCAGGAAGAGAAGUCGAAUCGCAACCGGAUUUCUGCUGAUAAAAAACACGCUCCUUCCGAAUUCGUCUGGCGUAAUUUAAAAAAAAGGGGGUGGGGGGGGGUCGGUCAUGGGGAACGAAGCGAGUCUCGAGGGUGGAGAAGGGGGACUCGCUGGAUUACCAGAAGGGGUUGCGUCCGAUGGCAAGGGGGGCUUCAUCCAGAUCCCCGCCGGAAUGGAGGCGAAUCUGAGCCAUUUGAGCGAGGAGGAGAGGAAACAGAUCGCAGCUGUAAUGUCAAGGGCGCAAGCGAAGCCGCCGGGAACCGCCAGCGGUGCUCCGUCGCAAAGGAAACCAGAGGUAAAUGCGAACCAUCAGCCGAGGCAGCCAGGGAAACCCACUGCCCAGGGGCCUUCUGGGAUCAGCAAGAGCCGCACGGUCGAUGCCCUCAAACCAGGCCCGGCAGCCAGACAGGCCGCACCAGGGAAGAGCCCCUCCUCUGUCAGCCUUUUAGAGUCCCGUGCCAGGCAGGAGGCCAAAGAGCAGCCCAGGACCGGCAUGUUUUCCUCCAACUUCCUGAGCGGGGCUAACCCCCUGAGCGCCGUCUCCUCUGCCGUCAACAAGUUCAGCCUUUUUGGAGACGAGCCGGAGGAGGAAGAGGAGGCCAAGCAGAAGCCGCAGCAGCAGCAGCAGCAGGCCGCAAAGCCUGCGGGACAGAAGCCUGGGCCCGACAAGGCCCCCCAGCAGGGUCCUCCCAAACAGGGCCAAGCAGCCCCUCAGCAAAAAGCUCCCCCUCAGCAAGGCCCUGGAAAACCUGGACCCCAACAGCAGGGCCCUCAAGGGUCUCCAAAGCAAGGUGGGCCUCAACAGCAGGGCCCCCAAGGGCCUCCAAAGCAAGGUGGACCCCAACAGCAGGGCCCCCAAGGGCCUCCAAAACCAGGUGGCCCUCAACAGCAGGGCCCCCCAGGGUCUCCAAAGCGAGGUGGGCCUCAGCAGCCUCCAAAACAAGGUGGGCCUCAACAGCAGGGGCCCCAAGGGCCUCCAAAACAAGGCGGGGCUCAACAACAGGGCCCUAAAGGGACUGGAACUCCAGCAGCUGGGCCUGCAAAGGCCGCGCCGGCCUCACAGGGGCCCGGUAAAGCGGAGCCGGGGAAAGCUGGAGCCGCAGGGCAGAAGCCACUCUGCCCGCUCUGUAAGAGCACCGAGCUGAACCAGAACACCAAGGAGCAGCCCAACUACAACACCUGCACACAGUGCAAGACAGUGGUCUGCAGUCUCUGCGGGUUCAGCCCACCUGACUCAGCGGGGAAAGAGUGGCUGUGCCUAAACUGCCAGAUGCAGCGAGCGCUCGGAGGCAUGGACCCCCCCGGACCCCCCAUGGUGAAGCUCCAGCCCAAGCAGACCCCCGCGUCCGGCUCCCCCCAGAGGAAGCAGGCCGCUCCGGCAGCCCAGCCCCCAAAGGCCGAGCCCGUCAAAGCCGCCGAGACCAAGCAGGCCCCCCCGCUGGCCAAACAGCAGGCGACCCCGCCCGCGACCCCGCUGGCCAUGCAGAAAGGGCCCGGCCCGGCGGCGGGACAGGCCAAGCCAGCAGAGGCACAGGGGCCCCCGAAAACAGCAGCAGCUCAGAAACCGGGAGAGCAGCCUGGCCCGGCCGGGGGCAAGCAGCCUAACACGGGAUCCCAAUCCCCCACUCCUGUCCAAAAACAGGACGCUGCCAAGGCAGCACAGCAGCCCCCCCAGAAACAACCCCCCCAACAACAACCCCCCCAGCAACAGCCUCCCCAGCAACAGCCCCCCCAGCAACAACCCCCCCAACAAACAACCCCCCAGCACCAACCCCCCAAGCAAAUGCCUCCCCAGCAACAAACUCCCCCCCAGCAAAAGCCUCCCCAGCAAAAGCCCCCUCAGCAACAAACUCCCCAGCAAAAGCCGCCUGAACAACAACCCCCCCAAAAACAACCCCCCCAACAACAAACUCCCCAGCAACAACCCCCCCAGCAAAAGCCCCCUCAACAGCAGCCCCCACAACAACAACAACCCCCCCAGCAAAAGCCCCCACAACAGCAACCCCCACAGCAAAAGCCCCCACAACAGCAACCCCCACAGCAACAACAACCCCCUCAGCAAAAGCCCCCACAACAGCAACCCUCACAGCAACAGCAACCCCCACAGCAACAACAACCCCCUCAGCAAAAGCCCCUACAACAGCAACCCUCACAGCAACAGCAACCCCCACAGCAACAACAACCCCCUCAGCAAAAGCCCCCACAACAGCAACCCUCACAGCAACAGCAACCCCCACAGCAACAACAACCCCCUCAGCAAAAGCCCCUACAACAGCAACCCUCACAGCAACAGCAACCCCCACAGCAACAACAACCCCCUCAGCAAAAGCCCCCGCAACAGCAAGGACAGCCCGCAGGAGGGGCACCAAAAAUGGAUCCCAAAUCCAGCCGUCCGCCUCAGCAACAGACACCAAAAGCCAGCCCCGGCCCCUCUCCUGCCAAAUCCGCACCCCCACAACAGGCCCAGCCCCCCAAGCAGGAGUCCGGCUUCUUCGGCCUGAGCUUUGGCGGGUCAAAGCACCAGCCCGCCGCCGCCCAGCCCGCCGAGUCUGUCUCCGGGAAGCUGUUUGGGUUUGCGGGAUUCGGCGACACAGCCAAACCUGCCGCCGCGGCUGCUCCGCCCACCGAGUCCGUCUCGGGGAAGAUGUUCGGCUUCGGCUCGUCCAUCUUCAGCUCGGCGUCCAACCUGAUCACCUCAGCCGUGCAGGACGAGCCCCCCUCCACGCCGCCAACCGGGCACAGGAAGCCGGCCGCGCCGGACACCAAAGCCGCGGCUGCGCAGAAACCGGAGCAGCCCCCGCCUGCCGCGGCCCCGCCUCCCGCUCAGGAGAAGAAGUCCGCCCCCGCGAAAUCUGACAAACCCGCGUCGGAACCUCCGAAGGGGGCGGGGCCUCCGAAAGGGGCCGACCCCUCCCCUCCGCCUCCCAAACCUGCGCAGGUGACCUGCCCGCUCUGCAAGGUGGAGCUGAACGUGGGAUUGGACGGCCCUCCCAACUACAACACCUGCACCGAGUGCAAGAACACCGUCUGCAACCUCUGUGGAUUUAAUCCCAUGCCUCACCUCUCUGAGAACGAGUGGCUUUGUUUGAACUGCCAGACCCAAAGGGCCCUUGCUGGGCAGCUGGGAGACAUGGGAAGGAUGCCUCCACCAAUGCCUGCACCCACAAAGCCGGCUGCCCAGCAGCCUGCAGGGCCCAAGAGCCAGCCAUCACCAGCCAAGCAGCCAACACCACAGCCCACCACACAGGUCACCACGGAAAAAGCCCUAUCUAAACCUGCACCUGACCAACCAAAGAAAGACCUGGUAAAGGCGGGGCCCCCUCCUGCUGCUGCCACUCCGGUUGCGGCUGCUCUGGGCAAGGGUACCACAACAGCUGCCGCGGCGGAUCGGACGCCGCCGCAGAAGCCCACAGACGCUGCCGCCAGCACAGCAGAAAGAAAACAACAGGAGAAGAAGGUUGAAGUAGUAGCAACAGAGAAGGGAAUAAAGCAACCGGAGGGAGAUGCUAAGAAGGUAGUAUCAGGCCCACUGCAAACACCAGACAAGGGGAAAGGAGAAGGUAAAUCUGACACCUCAGGUUCUUCACAUCAGAAGAGUCCUCAAGGCUUAAGUGACACAGGGUACUCAUCGGAAGGCAUCUCAGGUUCGUUGGGUGAAAUUCCUGCAGUCAUUCCAGCCAGCAAGAAGGAAGUGGUGACAGAAACUGUCCAGAAGGAUAUAGUCAUGGAAGAUACAAGUCCAACAAGUCCCUCAGACCUAGCCAAGUUAGAAAGUACAGUGCUUCCAAUAUUAGAAGCUCAGGCAAACACACUCGAGAAAGAGGAUCCACACAGCCGACACAGGUUGAAAGUGUUACCAAUUUCAUCGGAAUCAUACAGCUCGGGAGAGGAAGAACUUCAAGGAGUCCACGAGGAGGAUGCAUCUCUUGCAAAGGAGACUGCCAGCGAUACUGGGCCCAGAAAGGACCGCAAAAAACUGUCUCUGCUGCCUGAAGCAGCCCCAGGGAGGAGGCAGCGGUCGGAUUCAGUUGAGGACAGCAGUGAGAGUGAGCCCUCGCCCAUACUGCAGAGGAGACGGAAAGUCAGCAGCACAUCAACCAGCAGCGAGGACUACACGAAAGAAAGCCCGAGCUCUGCCGAUGAGGAGGAGUUUAUCCGGAAACAAAUCAUGGAGAUGAGUGCGGACGAGGCCGUGUCACCCUCAAAUGAGGAGAAUUACAUUCGGAAACAGAUCCGGGAACAGCAGCAGCAACGUGAGCAGGAGGAAAGGAAGGCCGAAGUGACAAGUACGCCUAGGAAAUCAAAACAGCUCCCCACCAAAACCAGUGAAGAAGAGGAGCCCAGCAGGCUGACUUUGCUGCAAGAGGACAAGACGCAAGAACACCAGGUCUCUGACGCCAAAGUGAGUGAGCCCACAAGUGUAGAUGGUGAGGGGGGUGGGGUGGCUGUCCGUCGCUUCAAAAUGAUUGAGCUUAAUAACAGCACCGCCACCCCUUACAAAGCAGGAGCCCCAGAACGACAGUCCACUGAAGAGGGUGAGCAGGAGAUGGAGAGCCUCACUGAUUCUCCUGAGGACAGAUCAAGAGGCGAGGGGUCCUCCAGUCUCCAUGCAUCAAGCUUCACUCCAGGGACAUCUCCCACCUCCGUGUCCUCACUAGAUGAGGACAGUGACAGCAGUCCGAGCCACAAGAAAAUGAGCAGUGAGGGCAAGCACAGGAAGUCCCGGCACAGACAACAUGGUCAGGUGCUCCCGACCAUUGAGGACUCCUCUGAAGAGGACGAGCUGCGAGAGGAAGAGGAACUACUCAGGGAGCAGGAAAUGCAGCGAGAGGUGGACCAUCAGCAGCAGGUGAAAAGGGGCUCCAGCAAAAAGUCCAAGAAAGACAAAGAGGAGUUGCGAGCACAGAGGAGGCGUGAACAUCCAAAAACGCCACCGAGCAACCUCUCCCCCAUUGAGGAUGCAUCACCCACAGAAGAGCUACGGCAAGCGGCGGAGAUGGAAGAGCUCCAUAAAUCAUCUUGCUCCGACUAUUCUCCAAGUAUCGAGUCUGAACCUGAAGGUUUUGAGAUUAACCCUGAGAAGAUCCUCAGUGUUCAGAAAGAAUACCAGCUUCCAACAUCGGCCCCACUCUAUUCUCCAACUGAUGAGCCACAAAUUGAUACAACCAAAGAUUCUACUGGAAAAAUGUUAAAAAGUGCUGAUGAGGCCUACGAGGAGAUAAUGCAGAAAGCUAAAGCUCUUCAAUCUAAGAAGGAGAUAGAGGCUCCACCUCAGAAAGAGCCCCUUUAUGGUGGUAUGCUUAUCGAAGACUACAUUUAUGAGUCAUUAGUAGAAGAGCAUGAAACCAUGGACGCAAGCUAUGUGCCUCCACAAGACUCAAGCAAGAUCUCAGUUCAAGAACCCAUGAAGAAGCUGAGGUCACCAGAUGAGGUGUAUGAAGAUAUGAUGCAAAAAAGGAAAGAGAUUAUGCUUAAAGAACAAGUGGCCCAACAAACACAACCAGGAAAGGAAACACCUCAGCCAGAGCCUGUUUUGCCACCCGCCUCUGGUGAGUCUUGCUAUGUUAGCAUUUCUGUAGGUGACACUGCACCCUCAGGAAAGAAUGGGAAACCACUGCUAGAUGCUGAGGCUGCAUAUGAAGAACUAAUGAAGCGACAGAGAGCUAUGCAGACACCUGGAUCCAGUCCAACCCAGCCAGCCCCUGACCUGCGUGAUUCACCAGAGGUUAUUGUCAUUUCCUCUGGAAGUGGUGAUGAAGAUGCUCAAGAAGAAUCCAUUAUAUCAGCUCCUGACAGUAGUGAAGAGCCUAGUGCAGAUGCAUCAACUGUUUCUUCUGAUGCCUCACCCAAUAGAGCGCUCUAUCCUAUACCUGACCUGAAAAUUACGCAGUGCUCCUCUGGGGAGGAAGAUGUCGAAGAAGAAGACAGUGAAGUUCAGAGGGAGGAGCCAGUUGCCUCAUCAGACAUCCCACAACCUGAUCAAAGGGUAAUCAAAGAAGAGGAAGUAUUAUCCGAAUGUGCUGUGUUUACACCUGCACCAAUGAUGGAUAACACUGAUACAGAGCCUAUAUCAGUUGUCUGUGAAGUUCCACAGCCAAUGGCAAUUCCAGACUCAGUCCCACCUGCUGAGAUAGCUGCAACACCAGCUCCAGUUCCAACUCCACUUGCAGCUCCACCUCCAACUCCAGUUGCAGCUCCAGCUCCAGUUCCAGCCAAAGCCAACUCCAGACACAGUACCAGCUACAGAGAUAGCUGUAACACCAGCUCCAGCUCCAACUUUAGUUCCAGCUCCAGUUGCAGCUCCAACUCCAGUUUCAGCUCCAGUCCCUACUCCAGCUCCUGUGCCAGAGCCAACUUCAGACACAGUACCAGCUACAGAGAUAGCUGCAACUCCAGCUCCAGCUCCAGUCCCAACUCCAGUUGCAGCUCCAGCCCCAGUUCCAGCUCCAACUCCAGUUCCAGCUCCAACUCCAGUUUCAGCUCCAACUCCAGUUGCAGCUCCACCUCCAGCUCCAGUUUCAACUCCAGUCCCUACUCCAGCUCCUGUGCCAGAGCUCCAGCUCCAGUUCCACCUCCAGUUGAAGCACCUGCUCCAGCUCCAGUUCCCACUUCAGAGGUGAUAUCAGUUGUCUGUGAAGUUCCACAACCUAAGGCCACUCCAGACCUAGUCUUGGCUGAAGAACAAGUUCCGGUUCCAUUGUUAGCCACAGCUCCAGCUUCAGUUGUUUCUCCAAUUGAGGCUUCAGGCUUGACUCCAGCUCCAGAGCCAGCAUCAGUUAUUUCUGAAGUUCCCAAUGCCAUACUACAUCAAGCCCCACCUGCAGCACAAGUUUCAGCUCCAUCUCCAGUUUUAGAGCCGAUAUCAGUUGUUUACGAAGCUCCACAUCUUAAAUCCAUUCCAGAUGUUACAACUGAAGCUUCAGCUCCAGAUCUGGUUUCAGCUUCAGCCUCAGUAUCUGAUGUUUGCGAAGUUCCACAGCCAACAGUUCCGCCAGGUCCAAUUCCAACUCCAGCACCAGUGUCAACUGUAACCCCAAUUCCAACUCCAGUUCCAACUCCACAUUUGUAUUCAGAGCCAAUAUCUGUGGUUUGUGAAGUUCCACAGAUGAAGGCUUCCGCAGAGCCAAUUCCAGCACCAGUUUCAUCCCCAAUUCCAACUGUAGUUCCAGCUCCAUUUCCUGCAUUAAUUUCAGCUUCAGCUCAAGCUGCAACAUCAGAUUCAGAGAAAAUUUCUGUCGUUUGUGAAGUUCCACAGUCAAAAACCACUCCAGAUUCAGUUCCAGCUCCAGCUCACAUUCUAGUUCCAUCUGCAGAAUCAGUUUCAUCACCUGCACUAGAUUCAAUGCCAGCUCCAGCUUCUGUUCCAUCUCCAACCCCAGCCUCGCUAAGUCACACCCCACAACCACCCUUGCCUCCAUCAGUUGCUCCGACAGAGACUUUCACAGGUGCGUCAGCUGCAGAGACUGUCCCAUGUGUAAGUGCCACAGCAACAGCUGCAUAUUCAGUGACUUCAGCACCCUCCCUGCCCACACAAUCUGUAGUUGUAGACAUCCAACCCCGGGUGGAAGAUCCUACCUUGUCAAGGCCCUCAGUCGCACCAGUGGCUGUUUCAAGCACUGCUGCUCCACCUCCUCCCCCCAUUUGUCCCCCAGUCAUGCAGACUGCACAAGGACAUGUGGUUAUCUCAGUUCCUAGCAUGGAUAAUAUUUCUGCAAUUGCUAGCACUGCAUUAGUGACAACUACAUAUCCUGUGGUUGAAGCCACCAGUCAGAUUAGUUCAGCUCCUCCUGCUCUCAGUUCAUUCUCUAGCUCCACACCAGUUAUUUCUAGUGUUUCACCUAUACCCACUUUACCUCAGUAUGCUCCUGUAGUGUCCAGUGUUGUGUCAACCCCUGUUUCCUCCUACAUUUUGACAACUCAGCCUCUAACCUCUCCCCCACCGGUACCCCCCAAACCGGCUGCACUGCUCAGAGCCUCAUCUCAGGAAAGGGCAGACAUACCUGUCACCACACCUGCCCCUCCACCUUCACCCCCACCACUACCUCCCCCCACCGUGGCAAAGCAAGCCACCUACCCACAAAUGAGACCCCCAGUCAGUACGCCAGAGGUAGUUCCAGCUGCAGCAACAGUGCCUGUUUCAACAGCUAUAACAGUGGCACAAGCAGCAAUAUCAACUGCAGGUUUAAGUACUACAGUAAUGAGCUCAGUAGCCCCUACUUACAAACCUCAUAUACCACCGCCUGUACCGCCAAAACCUGCAUCCAUCCCAGCAGGAUUAAUGUUCAGUCACAAGCCAGGGGAAAGUGUGAGACCUCCUGUUUCCCCAAAGCCUGUGGUUGCCCAGCCAGCUUUAUCCAAUCAAAUUACAGCAGUGGUACAACCAAGACCUGCAGCCUCACUAAAUACUACUGAUAUGACACUGAAUCUGAGUGCCCCAACUGAAUACAAGCUGGGCGGAACAUCGCCUAAGUCUCCUUUGUCCCCUAGAUAUGGAAACUCUUUACAUGAAACUUAUGUGGUCAUCACAUUGCCAUCGGAACCUGGCACUCCUGUUGAAGGCGUUACAACCCAAGCUCCCUCCGGUCCAGCUGUGGUGUCCCCAUCAAGGCAGCUUGCACAAACAUUGCCUGCACAACCAGUGGCAUUUACUCAGUAUACAAAAUCUGUGGAAAGCCAAGAGAUACAGGGAACCGAGAAAGUAGUUUCAAGCAUGAGUCACAUGUUUUCCUCGAUUUCAGCAUCAUCACCGGCUGCCGUAACUUUGCCUAACGUUGUUGCCCAGGUUGUGACCACAGAGGUCCAAAGGACUACAGUGUCACUUGUGCGUGAAAGAAUGCCUGGAGAAUCCCCAGUUCUAGCGCCAAGAACUGCCAGUGUUGCCAUCACUAUUCCCCCAGAAACCGCUAAAACACCACCGAAGCCAAAGGAGAACGGGCGGAUGUACUAUUCCUCAGAUGUGGUCGAUCUUCGUACCCUGAGGCUCAAUGUUGAAAUGACUGACAAUGGGCUGGAUUUAUCCACCCCGGAUUCGAGGCGGCAGUCAUUCUCAAGCGACAGCAGCGGACGCCAAACAAGUGCAGUGCAGUCAGCGAUUGUGAAUCUCAGCGCAGAAUCAACACCAGUACCAACCCUGUCAGUUGUGACUGACAGCAUAACCAUUGUCACUUGCACAGCCACAAUAGCCUACAACAACAGCGCAGGUGAUCGACCACUAGACCUUGGCCAUGCUACAUCAAUGCCUCUGCAGCUCACAACCUGCAAGCCAUUUGAGCCUGUUGCCCAGAUAAUAUAUCGAUCUGUAAAUUCACAACCCACACCUGAUACGAAUGCAGACGCUCCUAUCAAUCUCUCCUUUGGAGCCCUUACAAACUUAGAGACAUUGGGGCCACCUGUGACAAUUGCCCCAGCAAGCAUAACCAAUGGCACCAGUCUUCCUGUCCAUGGAGAGUCAGGCGCAGUGGACCUGACCACCAGCAAACCAGUUCACACUAUGGUGGCUGUUGAGGGGUCUACUUCAGGUGUGGUCACCACCAUCAUUGAAGAUGACGGCAAGCCUGUGGAUCUGACAGCGGGGAGACGAACUGUUUGCUGUGACAUGGUGUACAGUCUUCCUUUCGCAGGGAUCUGCGGAACACCACAGCCACCAUCCUCACUGCCCGAGGACCGCUUCGGCUACAGGGACGACCAUUAUCUGUACGACCGCUCUGGGACCUACGGUACUAAAGGUGGCAUGAAAUCCUCCAUGUCCGAUACAAACUUAGCAGAGGCUGGGAUGUUCUUCAGCAAAAGCAAAAAUAGUUACGAGUAUCCUAACAGGGCCACAGAGGGUGCCGUAGACUUGACAUCUGGAAAAAUGCCCACAGGUGAAAUUAUGGACUACUCAAAGAAGGGUACGGGAGCCUAUCCUGGAAUGACAGUUCCUCAAUAUUCUCAAGCCAGGAUAACUCCUGCUGUGGGAACACACUUUGGUGUAAAUAGUCUCCUUAGGUCCUCAAAUGGAGUGGUCUACUCUUCCAUAGCAGCACCCGUUCCAUCAACAUAUGCAAUCACCACCCAACCAGGGUCAAUAUUUAGUACAACAUACAAUACCUUGCCGGGAAUACAAACUAUUGACACGAUGCCAACACUGUCAACUCUACAAGAUCAACACCUUCCACAGCUGUACAGUUACUUAUCCACCACAGCUGCAGAGCAAGACAGAGCCAUCCACGCGUCAAAGGAGGGCCUUCCUGCAGCUUUUGGUGAGAUUCUUCCAGCGACAAACAGCUAUGACUCGUACACCGACACGUCUCUGGAGGCCAUAGCAGCCUCCCUGGAGGCCCUGUCCUCUCCCCUGAUCUCGGGCUCGGAUGACGCCCAGCAGCAGUACCAGAUGGAGCGCGAGUUCCUGGAGCUGGAGAAGCUGAAGCAGCUGCGGCUGGCCGAGGAGCUGGAGUGGGAGCGGCUGGAGAUCCAGCGCUUCCGCGAGCAGGAGCAGCUCAUCCUCCAGAAGGAGCUGGAGGAGCUGCAGAGCAUGAAGCAGCAGCUCCUCCUGCAGCAGGAGGAGGAGCGGAAGGCCCACCUGCUGAUGCAGCAGGAGACCUACGCCCAGCAGCAGCUCCAGCUGGAGCAGAUCCAGAAGCUCCAGCAGCAGCUACAGCAGCAGCUGGAGGAGCAGAAGGUGAGACAGAUGUACCCGUACGGCUAUGAGGCGUCCGAGGGGGUCUCCCCCGCCCCCAGCUCAGAUCAGAUCCUGCUGGAGCCGCAGUAUGCAGGAGGACGUAACGGCCAGUACUGGCCAGUCCAGGAUGAUGCCACAACAUCGUCCUCAGUCACCGGAUUCGAGCUUCAACAAAGCACUACGUGGUACACGGUUCCCACAGAAGGCACCGCCCAGUACAUCACCAGCCUGCCAGGCUCCGAGGUGCCUCUGAAAGAGAGCGAGCAGCAGGCGCUUCCUCUGGUUACCCACAGAGUGCAGUACAGCGAGCACAGCACCGAGACACCCAACAAGAAGAUCGUAGACAGCGGGGUCCAGACCGAUGACGAGGACGGCGUGGACAAGGCCUACACGGGGAGGCGCAGGAGGAGCAAGAAGAGUGUCGACUCCAGCGUUCAGACGGACGACGAGGACCAGGACGAGUGGGACAUUCCCACCAGGAGCAGACGCAGGUCCCGGUCCAGCAAGCAGAGCUCCAAAGUGUCCAGCAUCGCGAUCCAGACAGUCGCUGAGAUAUCAGUGCAGACGGAUUCUUCUGGAACCAUCAAAAGGCCAUCGGUCCGGGCUCAGAUGGACACCAAGGUGGAUAUUGGAAAGCAUUCCCCCAGAGGAGGCGGCAUGAGUUCCGAAACAGACACGGGCUCCGGUAGGACAUCUCCCCAGAAAGACAAGAGUCGCCCAACUCCCUUAGAGAUAGGCUACACAACCCACCUGAGAGCCGACUCCUCCCUCCAAGUAGCACCUUCACCCCCCAAGUCCCCUAAAGUACUGUACUCUCCCAUCUCGCCCCUGUCCCCGAGCAAGUCAUUAGAAUUUGUUUCUUAUGAAAAAUCUGCUGGAGAUCAGAAAAUCCUGACUUCAGAGCCAUCCAAGCACCCUCCAAGUCCACGCACACUGAAGGCCAUGCAGCGGUCAAUGUCUGACCCAAAGUCCCUGAGUCCUACAUCAGAUGAGAGAUCGGGAUCUAAUUACCAGUAUUCGGAUGGCUACUCGAGCAAGGGUUCGCAAAGUGGGACUCCAUCGGGCACUCAGAAGAAAGUGAAACGCACUCUCCCGAACCCACCCCCAGAGGAGGAGACUGCCAUCAGCCAAUCCGGGUACAGCACCGGCUCGGCUCGCAGACGCCUCUGCAGGAACACCACCAUGGCCCGGGCCAAGAUCCUGCAGGACAUAGACAGGGAGCUGGACCUGGUCGAGCGGGAGUCCUCAAAGCUGAGGAAGAAGCAGGCCGAGCUGGACGAGGAGGAGAAGGAGAUUGACGCCAAGCUGCGUUACCUGGAGAUGGGCAUCAACCGGAGGAAGGAGGCCCUGCUGAAGGAGAGGGAGAAGAGGGAGAGGGCCUACCUGCAGGGUGUGGCCGAGGAGCGGGACUACAUGUCCGACAGCGAGGUCAGCAACAUCAGGGAGACAAGGGGGAACGGCCACGGGCGAGAGAGGCCGAGGACAGCCCCGCAGUCCGAGCUGAACCAGUUCAUCCCGCCGCAGACCCAGCCCGAGGCUCAGUACGCCCAGUCAGCGAGUCCUUACGGCCAGUAUCAAUACGUGCCCCAAACCCAGGCUGCCACGCAGUACCCCCAGCAGACUCUGUACCAGCAGCCCUCCCUGUAUCAUCAGCAGGUCUCUCCAUACCAGUCCCAGUCCGUCUAUUCAUCGGUGCCCAGUCUGUCCUACCCCCAGAGCUCCCACCAGCACGCCUCCCAGAUGCUGCUCAUGCAGCAGAAAGCCAGGCAGACCACGCUGUCCGACCUAGAGCCCAAGAUCACCACCAACUACGAGGUCAUCCGCAACCAGUCCCUCAUGAUGGGCCCCUCCUCCACGGACCCCACCUACGGCAUUCCGCACCUGGGGGGCAAGUACAGCAGCCUGGACCUGAGGCUGGGCCUGGAGGAGAGGGGCAGCAUGGCCAGCAGCCCCAUGUCCAGCAUCUCGGCUGACUCCUACUAUGCCGACCUCGACCACCACGCACCCAGGAACUAUGUCCUGAUCGACGACAUCGGCGAGCUCACCAAGGGCUCGGCGGGGCUGUCCUCCAGCUUCACCAUCCCCGACAAGGAUCUGGCCAAGGCCGACCGGCUGCUCCGGGCAGCGGAGGUGCGCCGGACUGCCGAGGUGUCAGACUUCCUGGGGCCCCUGCAGACGUCUUCGAGGCUCCACUCCUACGGCAAGCCGGAGGAGGACACCAUGGAGGAGCCCUACGAGCUCAAGCUCCUGAAACAGCAGAUAAAGCAGGAGUUCCGGCGUGGCACAGAGGGCUUGGAUCACCUGACCGGCCUGCCACACUACUACCCCGGAGAGACCACCUACCGGCACUUCCCCAAGGCUGAGAAGUACAGCAUCGGCAGGCUGACCCUGGAGAAGCAGGCUGCUAAGCAGCUCCCCGCCUCUGUGCUCUACCAGAAGCAGGCCAAGCAUAAAAAAGCCCUGAUGGAUCCCAAAAUCACCAAGUUCUCCCCCAUCCAGGAGAGCAGGGAUCUCGAGCCAGACUACAGCAGCUACCUGGCCUCCAGCACGUCCUCAGUCAGCGCUCUGUCAACCAGGGCGAGGCUCUUGCAGGACGAAAUCACGUUCGGGCUGAGGAAGAACAUCGCCGAGCAGCAGAAGUACCUGGGCUCCACCCUCGGAGCCAACCUGGCGCAGUCUCUGAACCUUGGGCAGACUCUGAACCUGGGGCCGACCAUGCGCUCCUCUCUCCACGAGGACGCCACGUACCCGAGCGGCAGCAGGUCGCGGCCGUCCUCGCGGCCCUCCUCCGUCUACGGCCUCGACCUUUCCAUCAAAAGGGACUCGUCCAGCUCCUCGCUGAGGCUGAAGCCGGAGGGGGAGCCCCUGGAUGCCUCUUUCACGGCCCCGACGGCGAGAGCCAAACCCACCAGCCUGCCCAUAAGCCAAAGCAGGGGGCGCAUCCCGAUCGUGGCGCAGAACUCCGAGGAGGAGAGCCCGCUGAGUCCGGUCGGCCAGCCGAUGGGCAUGGCUAGGGCCUCCGCCGGGCCCCUCCCGCCUAUAUCCGCCGACUCGAGGGACCAGUUCGGCUCCAGCCACUCCCUCCCCGAGGUACAGCAGCACAUGAGAGAGGAGUCCAGGACCCGAGGCUAUGAUCGGGACAUAGCCUUCAUAAUGGACGACCUGCAAGGUGCCAUGUCUGAUAGCGAAGCAGGAGGCGCUAGCUGGGAUGUGGAAGCGUAUCACCUGCGGCGUGAGGAGACCGAUUGGUUCGACAAGCCACGCGAGGGGCGCGGGGAAAACGGGCAGGCGGCGGACCGCAAACAGAUGAAACCUACCUACUACCCUUUCCCCCAUACUAGAGUCAAACUGCAGAGGGAUCCCAAAGACCACAGUGUAUCAGGCAACGGACUAGGCAUAAGAGUGGUGGGCGGGAAGGAGAUCCCUGGGAGCAGUGGGGACAUCGGAGCGUACAUUGCCAAAGUUUUACCAGGUGGAGCUGCCGAACAGACAGGACAGGUUGUGGAAGGAAUGCAGGUGCUGGAAUGGAACCGAGCUCCUCUGACGGGUAAAACCUACGAAGAAGUCCAGGGCCUCGUGAGCCAGCAGUGCGGCGAGGCGGAGAUAUGCGUCAGACUAGAUUUGAACAUGCUGUCGGAUUCUGAACACCCCCAGCACCUGGAGCUGCACGAUCAGACAAAGGCUGGAGACAGGCAGAGGUCCCCUGGAGUCGACCCCAAACAGUUGGCCGCGGAGCUACAGAAGGUCUCCCAGCAGCAGGCGCCUUCCACGGCCGCGUCCGCCACGGAGAAAGGACCCCACCCCCAGUCGGGCACUGCGUCGGCUGCCUCGAGUGCCGUCCCCAGCCCAGGCCAGCCGGGCUCGCCCUCCGUCAGCAAGAAAAGACACAGCAGCAAGUCCACAGAAGCUGUAAAGACUCAGUCCCAUCCAAUCACAGGGGAGAUCCAGCUUCAAAUCAAUUAUGAUAAGAAUCUCGGAAAUCUAAUCGUGCACGUUCUACAAGCAAGAAACCUUGCCCCUCGGGACAACAAUGGCUACUCUGACCCAUUCGUUAAAGUGUACCUGCUGCCAGGAAGAGGCCAAGUCAUGGUUGUCCAGAACGCAAGCGCCGAGAACAAGAGGAGAACGAAGCACGUGCAGAAAAGCUUGAACCCCGAAUGGAACCAGACGGUGAUUUAUAAAAACAUCCACCUGGAACAGCUGAAAAAGAAGACCCUGGAGGUGACCGUGUGGGACUACGACCGAUUCUCCUCCAAUGACUUCCUCGGAGAGGUGCUCAUUGACCUGUCGAACACGGCCCAGCUGGACAACACCCCCCGCUGGCUCCCCCUAAAGGAGCAGAUGGAGAGCAUCGAGCACGGGAGGCCCCACUCUGGCGGGGGAAGCCAGCAGUCCCCCAAGCCCUCCGUCAUCAAAAGCCGGAGCCACGGCAUCUUCCCCGACCCGUCCAAGGACAUGCAGGUGCCCACUAUUGAGAAAUCUCACAGUAGCCCCGGGAGUUCCAAACCGUCCUCCGAGGGACACUCGCGCUCUCACGGAUCGCCCCGCAGUCAGAGCAAAAGCGGCGUCGCUCAGGCGCCCCCGGAGGACGCGGGCGUCGCCACAGCGGCGGCCGAAGCAGCCGCCCAGCAGCACCGCCUCCAACCAAGUAAAGAACAAAAGGGGAGUGAAACUGGCUGUUUCCAAAAACCAAGGCUGGGAUCGCACUCCGGGCCGGGCCAUGUUGAGGCCUCACUGGCCCAGUCUGUUGAAGCGUUUCCGCUUCCUUCAACGCCCGCUCCCCGCUCCUGCGCUGUUGCGCAGCACCUCAGAAGUCAGCGAGCUUCGCGGCUCUUCUCCCCGACUCAAGCUCAAGCCCGAGAAUCGCUCGAACAGCCAGUUUUGAAGCCGCUCGACCCUUUCGAGUUCCCGUGCAUGCGGUGUGCUCCUUUCUCGUCUUCUUUUUUUUUGGUUUUCUUUUUUUGUUUUCUCUCUGGUGUCUGGACCACGACGCACCUCAGUAGAGACGAUGACCCGCACGCCUCUCGGAGGGAACGCACGUGCGUUGGUUUUUUUUUUUGUUGUUUUUUUUUUUUUGGUGCAUGCGCCGACGCGUUUUACAGUAAGCUGGGUCCAUGCGAGGAUACACACUCUGGGUUUCCAUUUCGUCCCUCUCGCGCGGGCGCCCCCCCCCCAACCCCCGCAGUUCAUAAGAGCGGUCAGGCAGGCCGCGAGAAGAGACGGCACAGACACGGCCUAGCCGGAGCACUGACAAUACAAAGGACUCAGUCUGACUAUCUGCCCGCGCCGGCCAAUGACGGCAAAGACACGAAUCACCUGACCAUCAGGAAAGUGAUGUCUGACGGGACACCAAUCGCAGGAGGAGGUGAGAAAAGUACGCCUCGUCUCUCUGGAAAGGCAAGGGUUUUUUUUUUUUUAAUGCCGUGCAGGCACUUUCUGCCCUCAGCAACUGAUCCUGGAUCAGAGUUCAAAUUAGACGCCAAAUGGAUGGGAUCGGGAAUGGGAGGCGGGCGGUCUGAUCGUAGAUCAGUUGUCAUGGACUGGCGCGCGGGGCGUCUCUUUAAAUUUCCGACCGGUUCCCCCCCAGCGGCAGCUCGCCCCGGCCACCGGGCGACGGACACCCCUGCGACGACGGCGCCCCCCGCUGGCGGCCUGGGCGGCAGCGGCUUCGACCUGGACAGCGAGGGCGGCGGCAACGGCGACGCCAUCGACAGCGCCAUCUUCCAGGUUCCCCGAAUUGGGAAGACAGUCCCAAACGGUACAGAUAAGACCCGGGGACCGGACGCGCUGAAGCCGACGCUGGGGUUCGGGGAUGCAGAAGGUAAAACGCAGGUGAUGGGGGAGAUCAAGAUCGCACUGAAGAAGGAGGUGAAGACCGAGGGAGAGCAGCUCAUCGUGGAGAUCCUCCAGUGCAGGAACAUCACCUAUAAAUUCAAGACUCCUGACCACCUCCCAGACCUGUAUGUGAAGCUCUACGUGGUCAACGUGGCGACGCAGAAGAAGGUGAUCAAAAAGAAGACGAGGGUGUGCCGGCACGACCGAGAGCCGUCCUUCAACGAGACGUUCCGCUUCGCCAUGAAUCCGGCGGGACACUCCAUCCAGCUCUUCCUGGUGUCCAACGGGGGGAAGUUUGUGAAAAAGACGUUGAUCGGAGAGACCUACAUCUGGCUGGACAAGGUGGACCUGCGGAAACGGGCGGUCAGCUGGCACAAGCUUCUGGCCAGCUCGACGCAGACCCAGUCGUAGAUGGGCGCGGCUCGAGGACGAGGACAAGGACGAGGAAGAGGACGAGGUCGAGGAUGGGGGGGAGGAGGGGCGACCGCCUGGCCGGGGUCUUCAAUCAGAGGACAGUGCUCUGUGUCUGUCGCUGUCGGGCGGCCGGCAGAGGGGAGAGCCGGCCGCGCCGAACUCCACGCCAAGGGGUUUUAGGGUCACGGCCACCGUUACCUGUCCCGGUCCAAUCCAUACACAGGAUAACCUGGAGAGACACAGAGGCCUGCUGCGAAUGAGGGCUGGCAGGAAGGCAGAAACAGGCAAGAGGAGAUCCCUGCAAUCACCUCUCAACAGGGAAUCAAACACACAGAACCAGCUAGGAUGGGGUACGAGAUGUCAAGGCUCUAGUAGAAGCUCUACAAUGUAAUGAUGUCACUUCCUCCCUCCAACCCC